UCAUUGGUAUAUACUUUUGAUCUCUAAACAUGGCCGGAGACAGUGAAAAAAAUCUUGCAAAACCCGCUGGUAUUCCUGAGGCUGUGUUUGUUGUAUCAGAAUGGAUCACCAUGUCAUGUGUCUUACCCGGCUUUGUCGAGUCUGUGGGGCCAAGGUCAAAACCAGCAAAAGUCUGUCUCCGAAAGAGAAAUACUCGGAUUUGCUGCGUGAUGUUUAUGGAAUUGAUGUUAUGGGAGAUGAUCCGGAAAUUCAUCCUCCUAAGCUUUGUGCAACUUGCAGAUUAAGACUGACAAGGUUCAAUCCAGAAGCAGGAGACCCACAUCCAGGAAGUGGAAGAAAUUUGGCAGAUUUCUCUCCCCACACCGAUGACUCGUGUCCCAUCUGCCCCACGUUACCCACGCAACAACAACCUGUUGCCUCGACUACAGCUACAUAUAGACCAAUCGUUCCUAAGACGACAUCAGAUGCAACAAGGAACCUUUUUUCUCCAAUCAAGGACGUGAAAGAAAAGAAGUUCAUUUGGAGUGCAAAAGAAAGUCUGCACUCAAUUCAGAGAGAUUCAGCAAGGAAGAGGGUUAAAGGAGCGUCAGACUACAUGAGAGACUACUGUGAGAAGGAAAAUGAGGACGAGGCGGAUGUCUUGUUUUUUCUUCUACAGGACAAGCUGUUCAAGUCCAAGGAUUCUCGAUACAAAUCGGUAUCUGAACUUUGGAGAGAGGUGGAUUCAUCUCAUGGCCUCUCGGUCGACGAUUGCCUCGCCAUGCGAGUUGGGCUGUUAGAGACUAAGGGCAAAUACGCUGAACAAUACCACUUCUUUAGGAGCAAGGGUGAGACGUCCUUGAAGCCUCCAGGAGCUUUGGACGAUAGGGAGGCGUCAUACAUGCCAGGGUCUGCUAGAUUCGGAAUGUUAAACGCAGCAAGUUACUGUCACCACACUCCGGUGAAGCCGAGCCUUGCAUCCCUCCAGGACGAUAGAUUCGCCAACUCAUAUGAGCCCCAGCUUCUUGGUGGUCCAACUGUCAGGGAGUUUGCAGACCCGAAUUGUGUUGGCGUCGCAUGGAGCUACAGGGAGGCAGUUGCCAAGACGCUGGAAGAGCUUGACAUGGAGAUCAGCCAAGGUUUGGCAGAAAAUGGAUUGCCCACUGAUGAUCCAGAGACAAUCAUUUACACCACCAUCAAAGACGGUGCAGAUGGAAUGGGUGACGUUUCAGUUUACAAAACAGUUGCGGAUACCUACCUACCAGACAAAGCGUUCCGGGCGUCAUUUGUUAUUUUAAAAUGUGAGGCAGAGAAGGAAGGAUCACGAGUUACCGUAUUUGAGGAGGAGAAACCGAAUGCUGUCAAUGUAUGCAGGCCAAUUCUCGAAGCUGUAGGUGAUGAGAAUUCGCCAUCAACGUCAGCCCAGCUGUUACGGAACAUUGAAUACGAGAGAAGUGCUAUGCAAUCAGGAUAUAUGAAGGUAUAUGACUGCAAUGGAUCAACGCGUCUCCACAAAUUAAAGAUUUAUAAUUCGAUGAUUGACGAAAAACUAGAUCGUUCGGAUGGUGGGCUACAAGGUAGUGGGUCAAAGUUCUUGUGCACCCUGUGCCAUGCAACUAGAGACACAGCAAAAUCAGCUCUUGGAACUUUUCUCAUAGACCGAACGUUCCAGGAGACCAUGGACAUUGGGAAAUACAUUGAGGUAAAUCCGGACAAAUUGUCACAAGCAGAACUUGUCAGUGUUGCACAUGGAGUGAAGAGAGUGCCUCUUUUGAUGUCGGAUCCGAGGAUGAAGCUGUUGGAUGCAACACACGCAGACAUCAACUUGGGCCAAUUUUUCAAGAAAAUUAUCAUUCGAGAAAUUGCAGGGAUACAAGUUUGGGAACAGAAUCAGGAUAUAAAGGAAUACAUAAAUGACGCGGAGAAGAGGCUUAAUGACCAUGUACGUUCCCGGAUCGGGUUGGCACCAACGCUAAUGAUGCCUGGUAACUACGCGAGAGCGCUUUUUGAUGUCAAGAAUGAGGAAUGCUUCCUUGAACUCAUCCCUUCAGCUGAGAGGAGGCAUCAUCUUUCAUCUGUUCUUCAAAAAUUCAGGUCACUUAGGAAAGUGUACAGGGCUCUCAAGCCCAUUCGAGAGGAGGUAAUCAAAUAUAAGGCUACUGCAGUCAAGAUGGGCCAAGAACUGCUAGAUAACUUUGGCUACGUAAUGUGGCCAAAUUACUUACACAAAGUAAUUGAACAUGUUCAAGAAAUCCUUGAUGACCAAGAUGGCCCAGGCAGCAUUGGAGCUCUAAGUGGCGAAGGCAGUGAGGCGGCAAACAAAUUGUUUCGCCAUCUCAGGAAGUAUGCUUCUAGGAGAAGUACCGUUGAGGAGAGCUUGAGGGAUGUACUGUGGUUCCAUUGGAUGUAUACAUCGCCGAAGCUACGUGCCUUGCGAGCAGCAAGUUUAGUAAAGAGGAAAUAUCAUUGUUCAAUUUGUGGAAAGGAGGGACACAGCAAGGUUACGUGCCCCUCAGCCCCUAGUACCAGCAAGUGAUGACAAGUGGAUCCCUAAGUCUCGCCAUCACUUAGUUCUUACAACUAUUGUAAUGGACCUAUCUAGAGUAUAGCUCUAUUUUCUAGUAUUUCUAGCAAACAAAAACUGAAAAUAUUGAUUUUUUUAUACACAUACUGUUUGUGAACAUUGUUUGGCAUCUUUUCAGAUUUGUAAAAAAAAAUGUUUAAAAAUAUGGUGAUUAAUAGUCGACUAUUAGUAUGCUCAUGUUUUGACCUGACAGGUGAUGAUCUGACCCAAAGAAUGUUGUCUUGCAGUCUACUUCCUCAAUUUUAACCAAUGCUCAUAAAACUUUGGUCUUAGGGAACAUUUCACUUUCGGUGUUAGCCUUGGUGUUGGUGCUAGUGUUGAAAUUUUGAUUGCUUCCCCUAGCUCCAAAACUUAUUCAGAGUUUGUAAAACUGAUCCAGAUCACAUUGUUGACAUCUCAACAACUAGUGAGUGACUUUUCGGGACCAUCCUCAUUUUAUGUUUGGUGUUAUAAUUGUGUAGAAAUUGACCCAACACCAAAAGGUCAACACUGAACUUGAAAUCACCCUAUGUGUUGGGAACUCUAUUGCUAUGGUAAUGGCAUAUUUAAUCAAUUAAUGUGCAAACAUCAUGCAAAUCAAGGUCGGACUACAAUGUACUUUUUAUGACCUAUGCUCAAGAAAAUUGGCACACAUGUGUCAUGAGCUGAAGAUGUGCAAGACACAUUUUCAGUAAUGUUACCAUGGCUUCCAAUUUAUAGCUAGUAGUGCUCAUGAAAAUUGGCUGAAAUAUAUAUUUUUUUUAAAUAAAGAACUGAAAGAUUAUCUUCCAAAUCUAACAGAGGAGGGUGGGGGUAUUAAUCAUCUCAAUGAUAUUUCCAGUUAUCUUGAAUAUAUUUUGUCUGCUCACCUUUUGUCUUUUUUUAGAAUUACCAGUUACCUGUAUAUACUUUCAGAAAAUAGGAAAGCAGAUUGUUGUUUUUGAAAUAUUUGUAAAUAAAAUCUAGAAAAAGUCACAUUAAAUAUACAAUAUUUGAAGCAUGGUAAUGAAUCUGCAUUUAUUAUCUAUGCAAGUGUACAUGUACAUGAUCUUAUAUCCAGUUAAUUUCUUGCUCGCAAAAAAAAAUCAAAGCGGUACUACAAAUCAUUCACAUUUAAUAAUGACACAAAAUUUGACUGCCUUUUUAAAACAGAAGAUUACUAUAAUGCUCUGGAACUUAUUGAAAUACCAAUCUAUUUUAAAUAGGUGUACAUUGUAGAGCACACUACUUUCCUCUUUGAAAUGUAGCAAUGAAUGUAUGUAUGGAUAUUUCCAUUGCUCUUUGUGAAUUUGAAUAAUGAAGAAAACUUUACAAACCAUUUUGGAACUAGUGUUUGCCGAUUUGCUAUAGAAUCACCGAAAUUAUAUAAAUCCUGAAGUUUUCUGAAGGUAAAUUGCAUUGCACACAGUGAUGUGAUAUCCCCACUUGUUCUUUCAUAUUGUAUUAAAAGGAAAUCAUGUGUAUUCAUUUUUUUUACCUCCAUGACUACUGAGAAUUUUUUGACAACUGAUUGAAUAACGUAUCAUUAUUACUGUACUCCAAUAUUGAAUAAUCAUGAUUUCAUGUAACCAGAUAAAUAAAGUGGGGAUGUAACAUCAGUCACCUAAUGAAUAUUUAUUACGAUGUACAUAAAUUAUACAAACAUUGUUUAACUAUUUUCACAAAAUAUUGACAAACUUUGUACUUCAUUAAGAUUUUGUUGAAAUUGUGUUUUUCUUAAUUUAUUUUCAUCAUGGAGUACCCCUUAACAAGUGAGUAAUUACAAAAUAAAUAGUAAGCAUACAAUUUUAAUUAUUAAAAUACAUGUAUUUACUUAAAUGUUUGUUGGACUACGCCAAAUCUGUUUGCUUUUUAUAGUGAUAUGACAAAGAUCUUAUAUCCUUUAACAGAAAAAGAUGUUGAGAGUAACUACAUAAUUAUUACAGGUUUGCAGGUACAUGUAUUUGUUAUUGUAAUUACAUGUACAUAUGGUACUUACUUUAAAUCAUUCUUACAUUCAAUUCAUCGAAGGUGUUUAAAGAUAUAUUAAAAUAGGUGUAGUCAACUUGUCAAAUUGAAUCGAAUGAUUAAAUUUACAAUACAUGUAUGAACACCAGCUUACAUGUACUGUACAUACCGGUACUCAGUCAAAUCAUGAAAAAAUCAUUACGAUCGGCAGUCUAUCUUGAUAUACCAUAUUGUAAUUUAGCAAUAACUUUACUAUACUUUAUGCAAUAUUAUUUUUUAUCGCAGAAAACUAUCUCCCAUUUAUGAAACACAAUUUCAAUCAGCUCAAUAAGAGAAAAAACAUUUUCAUCUUGUACAUGUACAUUUAGUCUGAUGAUUCAUGCAAACACAUGGAGUGUCUAAAUUUCAGAAUUUUGUAUAUACAUGUAUCUCACAAUUGUGCAAACAGGAGAAUGCAAAUUUAAAACACUAGUUUGAUUUGGCUCAUCCGUUAUUAAAUAUGAACUUUCUUUAUG